AUGUUGGAAGCUGUCAUCAAGGGGAAGAUGCGUAAAGUGGAUCUGAAAGAUAUAAUAUUAAUUGAUCUGAAAGAUAUAACAUUAGAUAAGAAGGAUGAUAUUAUUACCACAAAAGUUCAGCCAGGUUAUAAAAGUUAUUCUGAAAGCUACAGAGUGGCUGAUCUAUCCAAUCCAUCUAGAACCAAAUCAUCUAAUAUUUGUUCACGUUCUACCGGUAAUAGCUCUGAUGAGGUGAUUAUUCUUAGCUCGGAUAGUUCAGAUUCAAUAAGUAGCAUAAGUUCAGGAAGUUCUGAUCCACUAAGUCGUCAAAAAACAUCAAGAUAUUUAUAUACUUCAGAUAUGGAUAAGAAGCUUUUGACAGCAUUAAGGGUAACAAAUAUUAUUUUCCAUAUAUCUAUUCACAUUCUUAGUAACUGGUAUAAAUUUAAAUUGUUUAGAGAAAAGUAUUUAGGAUUAUUGAAGCAAUAUCGAAAGAUUGUCGAUUGA